UCAGAAGUGUAAUUCCUCCCAGCUUUGUGGUUUGGGAGUCUCGUGGCAGGGUCCUUCACUUCAGAGGAGAUGAAUCAACAGUGAAUCACUGAAGAGGAGGAGAAAGAGAGGGUGCAUGUGUAUAAAAUCACUCCAGUCACUCACUCACUGAGGCUCAGAGACACUCACCUGGAUGCCACACACUUCUCUCUUGUUUUAAUUCAUUCUACAAAUAUUUUCCUCUCUGUAUUUGUCACUCAUCGCUCCAGGCAAGCGCAGGCUAAUCCAGGUUCGGGAGAAGUUUUGUGAGAGUUUAUUAAAGCACCGGACAGCGUCUUAUUUCAUCCAGAACUCUUCAAAACCUCAGAAAGAAUAAACGGAUCUGAACAGACACCGAGGAUUUGGACCAAUUAACAUGCAUCACUGGAAAGUCGAUCAGGUGGCGGUGCUGCUGUUGUUGCUGGCUGCGGUUGGGUUCGCUCAGGUGCUGGACCGAACGCUCAUCCUGUCCAACGAGAGGAGCUCCAUCGAGAGGACAUACGAGCUGACCAAAUACCUGGACCACCAGCUGAAGGAGAUCAGAGACACUUACCUGUCCUAUCUGGGGCCUCCGUUCAGUGACCCCGGCUUCUCUCCUCCACGACCCAACAGCUCCUCUCUGUCCGUGCCCAGCGCAGCGACACGGGUGGAUCUGUGGCGAGGGCUGGAGAACGGGGCCCGUCUGGCGCAGAACCAGCGUGCGUACAGCGUGCUCUUGUGUGCCGUGAGGGAGCUGGCGCGCUCCACCUUGUGUCCGUAUCUCCAGAGCUCCCUCAUGCACUUCUGCUCCGGCCUCAGCGGGCUGCUGGGCUCCAUAUCCGGUCUGAUGAACGCCCUGGGCUACACCAGCCUCCCGCCCUCCACGCCCGCUCAAGGAUACGCCCCACUUCUGUCCUCACAGUUUCAGAACAGCCCUGCUCCUCUGCGGAGUUACAAGCCUCGGGCCUCGAGAGAGGGAACGACUCGGGCGGAUCUGAAGAGGGGAAAGAGAGGACGGAGAAAAGAAGGACAGAGCUGGGCUGCCAGAGAGGAGAGAGAGAAAGAGGAAGGAAUGGAGAGAUGGGGGAAACGGAGAAGACUGUUGAGCGUGGAUGAAGAGCAAAUCCUAAAACUCAACACGAACUACACAGCUUUAAAAUUCGGAAAGCACCCUGUGCUCUUUUCACCGGUGUCUCUACAGCAUCGUCGAGCUGUUCGGUCCACUCCCGCCGGACUCUCUCCUCUCUCGCUGCUUUAUCAAUACGGAGGGUCGGCCGGGGAGGUUCACACUUUGCUGGCGGCCCCCGUGUUGUCGUCUCGUCCCGCGUCGAACGACUUCUCGCGGAAAGUGGAGGGAUUCUGGGUACUGAGAGAGCUGCAGAGCUGGCUGUGGAGAUCCGCCAAAGACUUCACCAGACUGAAGAAACGACUUCAGCGCGUUUGAGACCCAACAACGGCUUUGUUUCAAAACCUAGCGAGCUGCCUUCGAACAAAAUUUCACAAACCAAAAAAGUUCAUUGCGAUGUACAGUGGUGGCCAAAAUGAUUAGAACACUAGUAUAUUAUAGCAGCUAAAAAAUCUUUUUGCAGGUAUCUCACUGAAUUAUUACAAUUAAUGGCAAAAUGAAGGUUUGGAAAUGUAUACUGGUAUCUCCUACUCACACAAAAAUAGAAAUAACUGACUUAAAA